UCCAGUGAAAUAUUCAAAAUAAAUUUAGGGAAUCCUUUAAUGUAAAAAGUUUUUGAAAAAUAUCUAACCGAAUUUGCAAGCUUUUUAUGUAGAAAGAGUGAGUUUUAUAGGCGGGAUAUAGUGACACACAAAUAACUGGGAAAAAUAAAAUCACAAUGGAUAGCUUUGCAGCAGUAGCCACACAAUUGGGGCCGCAUUUCGCAGCCCUUUCGAAUGGUUCGGUGGUGGAUAAGGUUACCCCCGACAUGGCACAUCUAAUCAGCCCAUACUGGAAUCAGUUCCCCGCCAUGGACCCCAUCUGGGCCAAGAUCCUUACGGCCUAUAUGAUUAUUAUUGGAAUGAUUUCCUGGUGUGGAAAUGGCGUGGUGAUCUACAUCUUUGCCACCACAAAGUCACUGCGUACUCCUGCAAACCUCCUGGUCAUCAACCUGGCCAUCUCCGACUUUGGCAUCAUGAUCACCAACACGCCCAUGAUGGGCAUCAAUCUGUACUUUGAGACCUGGGUCCUCGGACCCAUGAUGUGCGACAUCUACGCGGGUCUGGGCUCUGCCUUUGGCUGCAGCUCCAUCUGGUCCAUGUGCAUGAUCUCCCUGGAUCGCUACCAGGUCAUCGUCAAGGGCAUGGCUGGACGACCGAUGACCAUUCCACUGGCAUUGGGCAAGAUUGCCUACAUCUGGUUCAUGUCGAGCAUUUGGUGCCUGGCCCCCGUCUUCGGCUGGAGCAGGUAUGUGCCGGAGGGUAACUUGACAUCGUGUGGUAUUGACUACUUGGAACGCGAUUGGAAUCCACGCUCGUACCUGAUCUUCUACUCGAUCUUUGUCUACUAUAUCCCGCUCUUCCUCAUCUGCUACUCCUAUUGGUUCAUCAUUGCUGCCGUUUCCGCUCACGAGAAGGCCAUGAGGGAGCAGGCCAAGAAGAUGAAUGUCAAGUCCCUGCGCUCCUCCGAGGAUGCCGACAAGAGUGCUGAGGGCAAGCUUGCCAAAGUGGCUCUGGUCACCAUCUCCCUGUGGUUCAUGGCGUGGACUCCAUACUUGGUGAUCAACUGCAUGGGAUUGUUCAAAUUUGAGGGUCUAACUCCACUAAAUACCAUCUGGGGUGCCUGCUUUGCCAAGUCGGCGGCCUGCUACAAUCCCAUUGUCUAUGGCAUUAGCCAUCCUAAGUAUCGCCUGGCUUUGAAGGAGAAGUGCCCUUGCUGUGUCUUUGGCAAGGUCGAUGAUGGCAAAUCGAGCGAAGCCCAAUCGCAGGCCACCAACAGCGAGGCCGAAUCCAAGGCAUAAAAAGGAAAAAAAA